AGCUUUACCAUAAUGUCAGCUUUGUUUCUAAAUUAAAUAUUAGUUUCUAUUCUGAUCAGUCGAUAGAAGAGCCAUGAGUUACCGAAUCAGCGAGGCACAACUUGAAGAAUAUUACCAGGUAUCUCUGCAACUGGUCAGGGAGUGCGGUGCGCUCUUCUUGGAGGGUUUCCAGAAACCCAAAACCGAUUACGAAGUCAAGUCAGCAUUCUAUGACUUAGUCACCGUGUACGACAAGCAGAUAGAAGCGACUCUAACAGAUGGCUUGUUAAAUUCCUUUCCGGAAUCCAAAAUAAUAGCCGAAGAAGCUAUGGCCAACGCCAAAGCACCGCCCGAGUUGACGGAUGCCCCAACUUGGAUCAUAGAUCCCAUUGAUGGCACCAACAACUACGUGCGGAAGAUACCCCAUUGCUGUAUUUCCGUGGGCUUGGCCAUAAACAAAGAGCUGGUGCUGGGGAUUGUUUACAAUCCAUCUGCAAAUGAGUUGUAUUCAGCUUGGCAAGGUCAUGGAGCUUUUUUAAAUGGACAACCCAUUGAGGUUUCUAACGCUAAGAAGAUAAACCAAGCACUGGUGUGCUAUGAGAUCUCCCUAAUCGUGGUGUCCAAGGGGCGGGACAAGAACGUGAAGCGUCUCUACAAGCUGGCCUCGAGUGCGACUGGGUGAGUGACCCAGAGAUCUCUGAUCUAUUCCCCAUCAUCUACACUGCAUUCCGCUAUCAACACCCGCAGCUUUGGAUGCGCAGCUCUCACGCUCUGCUACAUAGCCGCCGGCAGAUGUGACGCCUAUCAUGUGGAGAAUCUAAAGCCCUGGGAUCUGGCUGGCGGUGCGGUAAUCCUCAGGGAAGCCGGUGGCAGGGUAUAUCACACAAGCGGAGCAAGAUUCGAUGUGAUGAAACCCGACUGUGUGUGCACCAGCUCUGAAGAAUUGGCCAAAAAUGUAAUACAAUUGAUAGAAGCAGCCGACCAAAUUAGCGGCUAUACUUUUAAAUAAAUCAUAAAGCUAAAGAUAUA